UGCAAUUACACCAUAUUGGAGAGGCCGGGAAAAUAUUGGAGAGUGGAGACCACAGACGACUGGUAACGUUGCAGAGAAAGACACCCAGAAUUGGAUCAACUUUGGGGAGAACGGAGAAGAAAAGUUGAAUCCAAGCCUAAGUGGUGGCCUGAUCUGCCCCUGACUCCUUCAACCCCUCCCACUGCCAGAUUUGUGAGCCUUUGUUGGCAUCCUGUCUGAGGGGAAAUCAAGGAGGAAUAUUUCUACACAUGAAGAGCUGAAGUCUCCAUUUAGGAAACUAGUUCAAACUGAAUAUCUGGAAAAUAGUUUUUAUUGAUUUGUUUUUGACUUAAAGAGCUGUACUCUGGGACACUCAGCUGUGACCUACUUACUGUACUUUUUGGACUAGUGGAGUUACAACAUGGCGAAGAAAAACAGCCAGAGGGAUACCUCUGGUAUGGUGUUCGACACUAACUUGAAAAUGGUUAUGUCCCAGGGUGGGACGUUUGAGAGAAUGAAGGAGAAGAUUAGUGCCGUCAGGGCCGUUGUUCCCAACAAAAGCAACAAUGAGAUAGUUCUGGUGUUGCAGCACUUUGAGAACUGCGUUGAUAAGGCCGUCCAGGCUUUCCUAGAAGGUAGUGCCAUUGAUAUCUUGAAGGAGUGGAAUGUAACUGGUAAAAAAAAGCCCAAGAAGAAAAAGAAGCCCAAGCCCCAGCCAGAGCCUCCGGGAGAGGAGCCUGCUCCAGCCGAAACCACACAGCCUUUGGAGACUGAGAAUAAAGAAGCAGUAAAUGGGUUCCAUGCCAAUGGCGCCGCGUUGGACGGAGACUCACUAGACUCUCUGAGUGAGCAGUUAGAUUCUGCCUUCUUGGACGCAGCUGAGCUCGAAUCUGAACCUGCCAUGUCGGACAUUACAGGUGUGGAAGCAGACUCUUUUUGUACUGGCCCAAGCACCACCCCUCAUCAUGCUCAAGGAAGAAGGAAUCACCAGCCUCCCCGUGGCAACAAGUUCCGUCCCAGAACCAACUCCCAGCAAUCAUCCACUUCCUCUGUGCUCACCACUGAUGAGAGCCAACAGGGAUCGUCUGGAGCUAAGAAGAUUGCGCCCAACAUUGACCGCUCUGUGAAGGACCUGCAGAGAUGCACAGUGUCGCUUAGUCGAUACAGAGUGUUGGUCAAGGAUGAAAUGGACUCCUCUAUUAAAACCAUGAAGCAGACGUUUGCUGAGCUCCAGAGCUGUCUAAUGGACAGAGAGGUUACUCUGUUGACAGAGAUGGACAAAGUCAAAGCAGAAGCCAUGGCCAUUUUGGAUGGCCGUCAAAAGAAAGCAGAGGAGCUCCGCAGGCUAACUGACCAAUCGGCAUCCAUGUCUGAGAACCAACUAAGUGAGCUGCGCGCGGACAUAAAGCACUUUGUGAGUGAACGUAAAUAUGAUGAAGACCUGGGAAAAGCCGUGAAGUUCACUUUCGAACUAGAACCACUGAAGACAAGCAUCACAGGAUUUGGAUCAGUGUACCACCCUCAGACAGGCUACUCCAGCCGCUCCCGCUGUAGCUCCACCUCCUCCUCCAUCACAGGCCCAGGGUACCUAGAAGCCCCACCUCCCUCUCAGCACCAGGGCUCCAGCUUCGAAGGACGCCCUACCCAGCCGAACAAAACGACUUUCCAAGGCAACAGGCGGUAUACGGCGGGCCCGGGAUACUACUCCGGUGGGCAGCGGUAUAAUGGCGGCUCAUAUCGCGACAGGAACCCCAAUCGUGGAGGCUACCGUUCCCAGGGUUACCAGGGCAACCAAGGCCAAGGUGAUGGCCCCAGCCAUCCUACAAUUACUGCCACACAAUCCUCCAACUCCACAAGAGGCCCUUCCAACUCCACUCCAUCCUCUUCUUACCGUCAAGACCACCCUUCUCAUAACGGUCUGCCCCAAAGGCCUCCGCGGACACACUGCCCCUGACACCGGAACUCCCUGGCUUAAAACCACCUACUAACCCUGGCACUCCAACCUCGAUACCCUGUACCCUGCACCUUCCACCCCACUAACUCCUUUUUGAUGAAGAAUAGAAUACAAGUUUACAUCUUUUUGUCAGUUGAGCUGUAGUGCCACCCAUAGGCAAAACCAUUCAUCCGCCAAACUUGAAAAUCCGCUAUUAAGACCUAUUUUCGCAUGCCUGUUGAUCUAGCAGCAUUUUGCUACUUCAGAGGCCAGUGUUAUCUGGUGAUGAGUUCAGCACAGAGACUGCUGUGAUUUGAGAUUUAUAUGCAUUUUGUGCACUGCUAAAAGGCAUCUAUGUUUAGCAUUUUUAUUUUCUCUGCUAUUUUAGUUUUUCUUCUCAAGCAUCAAAUCAAUUUUAUUUUGGUAGCGAUUUUUUUGUUGUUGCAGUACAUCAAACCAUUUCAGUUCCAUAUGUUACGGCAUGCUUACUAGUAUGUAUGGAAGACUGUCAUCAAUGGCAUACAAUCAACACUACAUACGUUUAUUUGUAUCUAAUUCAUUUAGAGCUUACCAUAAAUACUAGUUGCGCCUGUAAAUAAUAUGUACUCCUUGAACUGGACAAUUAAUACGUUUAUAAUUAGAACUAGCAGGUGAACCAGAGGUAAUCACUUUGGAUGUUGCCUGAUGGCAGUUGUUUAUUCCCUCUCUAACAUGUAUGAGAAUAGUUUAGUGGAUAGUUGCCCUGUCCUUCUCUAUAUUGUUAUUGUAUAAUCCAAGGAGAGGGCUCAAUUUCUUUAUUACAUACAUAUUUAAUUAUGAAUGACUCCACUUCUCAAAUUUCAGGUAUGAGAAAGGAACCUACACUCCCCUACACCUACAGUCUGAAUUUGGACUUCCCUUUGUUAGUAGUACAUAUCUUUGUUAGUAGUACAUAUCUUUAGGUGUUAUUUGGUCUAUUCUUAUUCUUUCCUUAUUUUCAGUGCAUCUCAGACAGGGCCAUAAAUGGCACACACUUGACUUGCUUGCCAUCUAUCACAGUGCAACUUCACCUUUGCCUUUCUAGAAAUGCUGAGAUGCCUGCAUUACGAACAUUGUUAAGUGCACAAUCUUGUGAUCUUUUACAUGAUGAAAAGUGAGCUUUAGGAGCUUUUUGUCCUUUUUAAUAUGUUAACUUUUCUCUUGAUCAUAUCCUAGAGAAGGAAAAAGUCAGAUCAAAUUUGUGAAUGCUGUUUCGGUCUUAUUUCGACUAUGUUUUAUGACUACUGAGUUGGGACAGAUUUAAUAUUCUUAGUAACGUCUACAAUAACUUCACAAAAUCUGGAUAAAUACCUAAUUGUUGCCCCUUGUACACUGCCUGAAGGCAUAAUGUUGCUUUUAGGGAUUUGCUUUUCAGAGCCCUGAUAAUGCUCUUUUGAAAUGGGGCUUGGUAUGGUUCACCAUUUACCGAAAGCAGAGCGGUGUCGUGUCAAACUGCAAGGCAUGUGUAUAAGGCCAUACAGCUGUUUCCUGUGUACCAAAGGGUCAUACCUGGUGAGUAGAAGAAUUGAGAAACCCCCCCCCCCCCCCCAUCUCCUCCAAUAUUACUGGUAGGAAGUUAUCCAUAGGAAUACCUUUGUGUUUAAGAUAUGUUAUAAACGUAGAUACUGAAGUCUUCUUUUCAUACGAGUAUAAUUUGGCCAAUGUCUUCAUUUUUGUUAUAUUGCACAUCAACGUAAAGAUUAUGUAGUUCUGGUUUGUUCAAUGGCUUACAAAGUCUUCUGGGGAAGUGCAGAGUGUAUACAGCAGGGCUGAUCAAUUGGCAUGUAUCAGCAACUGUGCUUGAGCACGUAAGGCUUGGUAGCCAACUCCAAGAGCUUCCUGCCUUUUAGCGAAUUUUUCCUAAUCUCAGAUCUGCACUGUAAAUAUACGCCUAUUCUCAGUAAUCAUAAUGCACAGUAGGCCUACUCUUCAAUUGCGGAGAUGCAUGCACUACAGAGCAUUUUCUCGCCACAACACAUUGCUAGUUAUUACCUUUUGGUAGCUUACAUUUUUACAUUUUAGUCAUUUAGCAGACGCUCUUAUCCAGAGCGACUUACAGUUAGUGAGUGCAUACAUUUUCAUACUGGCCAAGCAUGUACAUUAUGUACAUGUAGUAUUUCUUACAGUUGUCUAAUAGCUAGAGUUAUUCUGUAUAGGGAAUUAAUUAUGCCUGUCUCAAUCUCUUUUACCAAGUGUAAGAACUCACAUUCACAGCUUUGUCUACAUUCUCAACUAUCUGGUUAUCACCAAAGAGAAAAGCAUUUCCUGUUAGAGUUGCUGCCUUUUUUUCUUUCUCUGCCUAUAAAAAAAAAAAAAAACUAUUUUGAUUGUUUUCCAAUGGGAUAAUCUAUUCUAGAUUGAGUAGCAUGUUAAUUUUUUAUAUUACAUUUUCUUUCUUUACUGUAUAUAUAGCUAUAAUUUUGUUGUGCUCACAUGGGGCAUUUUGUAUGUUAUAUACAUGUUGAGCGUAUGGUUUACCCCUGGAGGUUAACAAUCUGGUUCAGUCCAAUUCGUCCUGUCUAAGACCUUAUGUCCUUGUUCUUUUGAAAAUGUCUAAAGAAAACCUGUAAACUUAAGUGCCUUCUCUUGCCUCCAUCCAAUUCGUACACUACCACCUGCCCCUCACUACAGGAACCACCAAGUAUGGACCAAAGACAUCUGCCCUCCCCAUCCAUUCUAAUCCCCCCCCAUACACAGAAAGGCACACU